CUUCAACCCCCACUACGAAACUCCUCCCGCUUUUUUGGUCUCUUGACGUUGCGCCUCCGCUGUUGUUGUCUCUUUGGCUGGAGCAGGGAGGCGAGGCGCAGUCGCUCGUGGCAGCUGCGGGGAGUAGCGAGAAAGAGGCGGCGGGGGAGAAGAAAAUGUCGACCCCGAAAGGCGACGGGCUUCAGCCUCACCCGGCGAAGAUCCAGCUCCCGGGCGUCGAUUAUUGCCUCAACAGCAAUCCUCGAUGGCCUGAAGCUGUAGUGCUGGGAUUUCAACAUUAUCUAGUAAUGCUCGGGACCAUUGUCAUUAUUGCAACGAUACUUGUUCCUAUAAUGGGCGGCGGGAAUUUGGAGAAGGCUCAAAUGAUAAAUACCAUGCUCUUUGUUGCUGGUAUAAACACCCUCCUACAGGUUUGGUUUGGAUCUCGGCUUCCAGUGGUCAUAGGGAGCUCAUCGUCAUUUCUUAUCCCAGCUAUCUCUAUUGCUGUGUCUAACGGAAACUCAAAUUAUGUGGACCCACAUGAGAGGUUCAGACAGUCAAUGCAGCGUUUGCAAGGAGCACUUCUUAUUGCGUCCUUCUUCCAGAUGGUGAUUGGUUUUCUUGGCUUCUGGAGAAUUCUCACACGGUUUCUAUCUCCUCUUUCAGUGGUUCCUUUUGUAACUCUCACUGGUCUAGGCCUUUUUGCUCGUGGCUUCCCAGAGCUGGCAAAAUGUAUUGAAAUUGGACUCCCAGAGUUGAUUUUACUGAUUGUUAUAUCUCAGUAUGUUCCACACUGGAUGUCAUCCCGAAGAGCCAUUUUUGAUCGAUCUGCAGUCCUGUUCUCCGUAGCGAUUGUGUGGGCAUUUGCAGCACUCUUAACCCUAUCUGGUGCUUAUAAUGGGAAAUCGAUAAAUACUCAACUCAGCUGCCGUACGGAUCGUUCUGGGCUUAUUGGUGGUGCUGAAUGGAUAAGGGUUCCAUAUCCAUUUCAAUGGGGAGGACCAUCUUUUGAUGCUGGUGAUGCUUUUGCCAUGAUGGCUGCUUCAUUUGUUUCUCUUAUAGAGUCGACAGGUACUUUCAUUGCCGCAUCAAGAUAUGCGAGUGCAACUCCAGUGCCCCCUUCGGUGCUGGGUCGUGGAGGAGGGUGGCUGGGCAUAAGCACUCUGAUAGACGGAGCUUUUGGGACAGCGACUGGAUCCGCUGCAUCAGUUGAAAAUGCUGGUCUUUUGGGAUUAACAAGAAUUGGAAGUCGAAGGGUUAUUGAAAUAGCAGCUGGCUUUAUGCUCUUCUUUUCUGUGCUAGGAAAAUUUGGUGCUGUGGUUGCUUCUAUCCCAUUACCCAUCGUGGCUGCUUUGUACUGUGUCCUCUUUGCCUAUGUUGCUGCGGCGGGUAUCGGUUUCCUCCAGUUCUGCAAUUUGAACAGCUUUAGGACAAAGUUUGUUCUGGGUUUCUCUCUCUUCAUGGGUCUUUCGGUGCCACAAUACUUUGAAGAAUACCUUUUAGCUUCUGGCAAUGGUCCUAUCCACACACGGUCUAUUUCGUUCAACAACAUAAUGCAAGUGAUUUUCUCAUCAGCACCCACCGUGGCGUUAAUAGUGGCUUAUUUAUUGGACUGCACUCAUGGUAGGGGAGACAGCACAGUGCGAACAGACUCGGGACGUCACUGGUGGGCGAAAUUCACCGUUUUCACUGCAGACAUAAGGAGUGAAGAGUUUUACUCACUUCCCUACAACCUCAAUAGGUUCUUCCCUUCGUUCUAGACUAUGGGGAUUCGGUAUAUCUUUGCAAGCUUUGUCAUGUUUGAAAGUCGAGUAAGAAAAUACAAAAUAACCUGAUCUACUGCAUGUGGGUGUGCUCCCUAUGCACGUCGGUGAUUGUAUAUAUUCAUGGCUUGACUACGGAAUUUGAAGUUGUAAUUAUGUUAUUGCAUCACAGAAACCUUGCUACACAAGGAAAGGGAGAACUGAGAAGCAAUUUAUAGGAGCACUUGAACAUAUUCAGUUUACUGGUAUAUAUAUAUAUAUGCACGAAUGACGCUUCAAAAGAUGAUGAUUCCUUCCAUCUA